AUGUCCUUGCCAGAGCAAGCAGGCGUAAUAGAUCCCCUCGAUUUUCUGAAAGGUCAGCAGCGCGAAAUCUUUGAGAACUCUGCUGCAGUCAUCCCUGAGGAUCAUGAAACGAGGGCGGCGUCCAAGGCCUGCUUUAAGGUAAGGGAAGCAGACCAGCCUGCAGUGUAUCGCAAGUUGCUACAGUCAGGCGUUGCCACACUGAUUCCUGCUGAGUGGGGACUCCGAGAUUGCCGCGGAGACCUCAUCACUGGGGGGCUGUUCGCCCAAUUCCCCAGCCGUAAGCUUCGUAAGCGCAUUGGCCACAGCGGGCAGUGCAAACUUAGGGAUGUUGACAUCAUUGAGCGCAGUAGAGCCCAGUACGCAAAGCUUCGUAUUCCUACUUCAUCGUCAAAGGCCUUCACCCGUGAGAGUAAGUUCGUGGCUUGGGGAACCGAGGUGGAUAGCGCCAGUGGACGCGUAGGGUGCCCUGCUGUGAAGCUCUUGCAGAUUGGCUUUCUCAUCCUUGAAGUUUGUAGCCUGCCCGUAGUCGGCAAGCGCUGUUUACAGCAACUUCUCGGCCUCAUCGUGCAUCCCCUUAUGCACAACCGAUGUUUGAUGAGCGUCCUUCAGGACACCUACAACCACGCUCCCGAAGAAGUUGAAACACUCAUGGCCGACCACGCGUGGAGCACCACGGAGUGUUGUUCUUUUGGCCACAAGCAGCAUAUUAAUGUCCAGGAGCUGAAGAUGAUAAAGCGCGAGCUGGUCGCCGCUGUGCCCGUCACUAGACAGGUGUUUGGUAAGCAGGCCUCCUACGUGCAGCAGCGCAAGAGGAACAGCCGGAUAUGGGCCCUCGCUUUGAGUGCAGAUGCCGUUUUCGGGGAGGAGCUUUCGUUCAUGCCGAGGCACCCAGCUGAGCCGCUGUGGACAUUCCGUGAGGUGUUUGCCGGCAGUGCGAACUUGACAAAGCAUUUCAAGAGCAUGACAGACUUCGCAAUGGCUCCUCCCGUUGAGCGUAUGCAGCGCGGCAAGCCCAGUCUUCGGCAUGAUCUGUUAGACAAUGACACAUAUGCCCAGCCAGAAGGUUCGGGCGCCCUUCGGAGCGAAGUGAGAGCCAACGAGCUCGGCCGCAGAACAGUCGAGCUUUGCAAAGCUCUGCAUGCAGCAGGAUGGAAAUCACGCUCCAAGCUUGGCAGUGCCUAUCCCAACCAGCUGUGUCGUGCCUAUUGCCGGAUGCUGGUGGUUGCAUCUCAUUACACCUUAAUGACGCUUCCGGGCCAGAGCCAUGGUUUGCAAUUUCGGCUGGGGAAAUACAGUGCAGCCUAUCGUAAGCGGCUCAUCCAAGCUGGGCGCUCCCUGUGCCGUUACGUGGGCAGCAGCGCAGCAAGGUGGCUCAUUGAAGCUGCCAGCGCGUCCGAAGUUGACUCGGUGCUGGCGCAGUUCGUGGAGCACAUGCGUUCGCAGCGCUCGAAGGGGAGUUUAAAAACAGCAAAGCACGCAGCGUUGCUCAUGCAGAUCAUAAGGCCCAGGUUGCAUAGGCGGCUUAACGAAACUUGGUUCGUGCUCCGAGCCUGGGAAGAGCAGACGCCAAGUCGACUACGCAUGCCCUUGCCUGUACCUGUGUUUCUUGCCAUGGUCAUCUAUUCUCGAGUAAAGGCCUUGCAAAGCAGUUGCAGUACGCAACGUUCACUUUGGUUUGCUUUCGCUACCAUUCUCGAGUUGGCUUUCUACGGUCUGCUGCGGCCUGGCGAAGCUUUGGGGAUUGAGUGCCGAGAUGUUAGUUUGCCCAACAGCUUGUCCCUAGGACAGCCGCACUUGACCCUGACCCUAAGAGACCCUAAGAAUAGGCGACAGCUGGGGCGGUUACAGCACGCUGUGGUGAAACACCCUCACGCUUGCAAUUGGGCUAGCUGGGUCAUUGGCAGUUCGUCGCAAACUUGCAAGUUGUGGCCUAGCUCUCAGUAUCACUUCAGGCGUCGGUUCAAGGAGGUCUGCCGAGCACUUAGGGUUCACAACUGGCAUUUGACACCUGCCUCCCUGCGAGCUGGAGGAGCCACUUUCCUUUUCCAGCAAGGUUGCAGUGUCGACAGGCUCCGUUUCCAGGGUCGCUGGACGAGUCUCGCAUCCCUGGAGCAUUACGUGCAAGUUGGUGUGGCGCAGCAAACCUUGCUGCAGGUGCAACCUGCUUGUGCCGCCAAGAUACGCAGAUACUUGCAGCUAGGCUCUUUCCUUUUGGAGCUGGGGGCCAAAUACCGGGCCGAAGUACCAUCCGAGCAGCUUGUGUCUACGCCGGCGCUCUGCUUCACGCAGGCCGACAAUCCGCCAUGGGCACGCAAAUUUAGGCAAGCGGUGGUCAAAGCUGGGGCCUUCAAAGGGGCUCGCUUCCUCGACUUGUCAGGCGAGCAGUUGUCCAAAGCUGCCAAGUCGUAUCCCAGCGACAUGCGCUUGCAUCAGUUUGCGAAAGAAUCGCUAGUUCAGCAGCGUGCGGAGCAGGAGCAGGCGCAGCGCAGUGCUGUGCCACCUGAGCCAGUCCAUCCUCAGCAGUCAGCGUCGCCCACGGCUGCAGACACUACUUGGUCGAAGCGCUGCCGGGCGCAUCUCUAUGGCGCUAUCUCUAAGCUGUUGGUGGGACGCAAGCUCCGAUGGUGGCAGUGGGCGCUUUUUGCUGCAUUCUUAGUUUUGGUGGUUACACGCCCGCGGUUUGGAACUCUCUGUGCAAAGGUUGCAGCGCUCUCCCUUCGUUUGAUAGUGCGCAAAAGCAUGAAUUUCUUGCUGAUGGUCGUCGAUGCCGUGCUCGAGGAGCUUAUUGCGCAGAUUGACUCAGCUACGUUGCCGGCCGUCACUGUGGUCAGGGAGGCCGCCGAGGCAGUGCACCCUUCGGGCCUCAGUCAGGUCGUCAUCUCCGGGAUCUCAGCUUUUGCGGGAGUCUUGUGCGCGCAGAUGGGUUUCGCACGCCGUCUCAUGGCCGGGUGA